AUUUAAAACAUAGGGAAGUAAAAUAUUUAUAUCGCUAUGAAAUACAUAACGUUUUAUUACAUUGCGCAUUUUUUUGUAUUUGUGUUAGCGAAUAACAGCGAAGGUAUUUUUAAACUUAUUUGCUCUAAAUGUUACGGAUCUUGCUGUAUCGGAACUGCUAUACAGUCCAAUUUCAUCAUCACAACCAAAUCCUGCGCAGAGACUUGUCAAUACAUCAACAUCGACAACAAGAAAGUGGCAUUAAACAAAACCCAUGUUUACCCACAUAAUUUCCCGUAUAAAUAUAUUGGAGGCAGCAAAGAUUCUAUAGCUUUAAUUGAACUGGAUAGUGACGUAGCUAAAGUGCCGAGGCACAUUAUUGCUAUCCCGCCAGAAUCAGCGUUUGGUCUAGAAGCAGAAGUGAUACGCUUUGAUGACAAAAUUAGCAAAUCGUUAGCAUUGGUGAAGCAUUGUGAAAUGGACUUUACUUAUUACGACGGUUAUUAUGUUUGUACAACCAAAGCCUUCCGAAAACUUCAAAUGGGAGCUCCACUUCUUCUCAACAAUCGUGUAUAUGGAGUAUUGGGUAAUGGGUUUGGUAACGCUCGAGAUUACAGCUUCAUGGCUAUCGCACCAGCUAUAGACUGGAUCAAAUCCUCCAUUCAUUCACCAAGCCCUCCAGUAUACGGCAAAGAUCUGAAUGUUACUGCUAUAGAAAAUGAAACAAUUUCUACAGACAUUCAAAAACACGAAAACAGAAUUACUAACGCUUCAGAAAUAGAGAAAGAUUCGGACAAUGGCCCAACGAAAAGGGAGAAUGAGCCAGUAACUACCCUCCUACCAGAAAAGGAGAACGAAUCAGAUACUGGGCCUGGAGAAACAGAGAAAGAAUUGGAGCCAGAAACUACCCUCCUACCAGAAAAGGAGAACGAAUCAGACAUUGGUCCUCGACAAACAGAGAAAAAGUUGGAGCCAGAAACUACCCUCCUACCAGAAAAGGAGAACGAAUCAGACACUGGGCCUCGAGAAACAGAGAAAGAGUUGGAGUCAGAAACUACUCUCCUACCAGGAAAGGAGAACGAAUCAGACACUGGCCCUCGAGAAACAGAGAAAGAGUUGGAUACUGGCGAUGUUGAAACAGGGAACGAGCUAGACACUGGCCUUCCAGUAACAGCAACAGGCUCUUCAGAAACUGGGUCAGUGUCAGAAACUGACUCUCCAGAAACCGGACAAGAUUUACACAAUGGCGCUCCAAAAACAGAGAAGAGGCUAGAUACUCUUGAAAUUGAGAACGAGCCUGACACUGACCCUCCAGAAACCGAAAACGAGCCAAAAUAUGACCCAGAAACACAGAUCGAGCCAGAAACUCCAGAAACAGAAGCAGGAACAACCUCCGCCACUGAAUCUCCAGAAACUAAGAAAGACUCAGACGCUGAUCUGUCAGAAACAGGGGAAACGCCAGACGAUGCCACUGCAAUAACCGGUAAAGACCAAGAUAAUGGCUUUCAAAAAACAGAGAAUGAACUAAAUACAUACACACCAGAAUCAGAGAACGAGCCUACUGACCUUCCAGAAACUGGAAAUGCGCUAGAUAAUAGCACUCCCAAAACAGAGAGUGAGCCAGAGUCCAGCACUCCAGGAACAGGAAACGAGCCAGACACUACCAGACUAGAAACAGAGAAUGAGCCUGACACUGGCCCUCCAGAAACAGGGAAAGAGUCAGACCAAGAUCAUUUCGAAAAAAAUGCUCGAUAUGGUCCUUUGAGAACGGGAAAUAUACAAUACGGUCGUCAGGGAAACAGUCCUUUACGCUACGAUCAUCCAACAAAAUCAGCUAAAAACAAAAAUAUUAGUCCAACAACUAACGUAAUGGAAUGGUUCAAUAAAUAUUAUGUUGGUGAUUUAAGAAAAAUGAAACCAACGUUUGUGCUGACUACAACUAUGCCGAAUAGAGAUUUUGCGGAUCUAACAUAAAUUCCUACUAGAACCAUAUUAUAAGUCUCGUAAUAAUAAUAACAUUUAAACUCGU